GUAAAGGAUAAAUUGUGGGAGGAAAUAACGGUUAAUUCUUUUCUCUUAAUUAUAAAUGUAUUUUUACAUUUUCAUGUGACUAACAUACAACUUGUAUUAUAUAUUGCAGCGUUUUUAUGACAUUGAUGCAUGUCGUAGGCAUUUUGUAAUGACUCGGCUUGGUGACCUGCUUCGAAAUUUUAGAAGAAAAGUGUAUGCGGGAUACAUAGUACCUAACUUAGGUAAACCAAAGAAACUUGCACGAAUUCCUAAGAGGUAUCGUUCAAUGGUGGAGCAAACAGACUGGGACAAGUUUGUAACAUAUACACAAUCAGACGAGUUUAAGGAUGUGUCAAAUAAGAGAAAAACAGCACGAUCAAAAUACGUUUAUGAUCAUCACUUGGGACGAGGAGGGUAUGCUUAUCUAAGAGACAAACUGGUACAAAAUAACGAACUUUGAUGAGAUCCCCUCUCGUGCUUUAAUGUGGAGGAAAGCAAGGGAAAACAAAAACGGAGAAUACAAGAAUGUUGAUGUAAAAGACAUAGCUAAUAAAAUAAUUGACACUGAAACGCAAAUUAAAGAUGGAUCCGUGAACCUUGAUCCGGGCACGGAUGCACUCACAUUAGUAUUUGGCAAAGAAAAAGGUGGGUAUUUAAAAGGUGUUGGUUAUGGAGUGACUUCUAGUAGAUAUUGGCAGAGUCCUCGAACAAAAGGAUCAUCAAAAGAACGAAUUGCACAACUGGAGUUUCAACUACAUAAUGAGAGACUUGAGCGUGGGAAAAAAGAUGAACAAAUUAAGACCCUUUCGAUGCAGAUGGCAGAAACAAAUAACACCCUUAAUCAAGUUUUAGCUCAUCUGGCUGCACAAGGACAAACUUUACAAAUAUGUUCAUUAUCUGCAGACAAAAUGUCACAAACACAAGUAAAUUCUUUGGAUAAACAUGACGGAUCAAAGCAUAAGGCCAAUGCUACCGCAUCUAAAAUAGUGCAAAAAGAAAUGGCACCAACGGUAAAAUCUAUGAACAAUAGUACUGGAUCAAAGGACAAUACUAAUGUUACCACAUCUAACAUAUCAAGUAAAGUAGUGCAAACAGAAGUCACUUCUCAUGCUAAGACUUCUAAAAUGGUGCAAAAAGAAAUGAUAACGGAAAACGUGAAAACUAGAAAAAAAGAUGUUUUGUCUACGCAAGAGACUUCACUUCUUGGGACAUCAUCGCAGUUGGAAUCACAAGAAAAUAUACAUAAUACACAUUCAACAAAUGUCCUAGAGAUCAAGUGUACUCUAUAUAUUAUAAAUAUGAACAACUGUGUGGCUUAUGGUACAAUUCAUUUGUCAACGGGAAAACAAAGCAUUCAUGGAGUUCCACUACAAGAUAAUUGCUAUAGAGUUUCUAUUGAUAAAGUUGUAAAAGAAGCAGCAUUUUUACCGGUAGAAUCAUGUGAGGUCAAAACAGUUGGGGAUGCACUAAAUACUUUUGUUGCUUGGCCAAAAUACCUUGUCAAAACUAGCCAAAAGAUACCAAAUCUAUCAAGCAUUCAAACACAAAACUCUACAACUUAAGUCGCUAAAAAGCAAAAGAUAUGUUUUACAACGCUAGAUGGCAUCAAAAAACAGGGAGCAAGAAGAACAAGAAAAACACUUUAAACUAGUACUUAUUUUAUGUUUACAAUCAUUUCCUUUUGCAACAUUUGUAGACAGUUUUUGAUUAGAAGUUUAGUUUUUGGUA